AUGAUAGCACGACAUGAAGAAUUGAGGGAGAAAAUUAGACAGCUAACCUCGCUGUACGAUGUUACAUCGGCCGAAUGCAUAUAUGAGGAUCAAGAUCAAGACCCAACAGGAUCGUUGCGGAUCGGGGACAUAAGAUUGGCAACCGGGAAGUUAGAAGAUGAUCUCGCCCAAGUACAGGACGAUCUCCUCGAAAUCAAUCUGGGGACAGAGGAAUCGCCUAAACCCAUAUACAUCAACGCAGGACUGGACGAAGGAUUCAGAGAGCAACUGAUCGCCCUACUCAUGGAGUUCCGCGACUGUUUUGCCUGGUCGUACGAGGAAAUGCCGGGCCUUGAUCCUGAUAUCGCCGAACAUAAGCUUCCAUUAAAGAGUGGGUUUCGGCCAUUUCGGCAACCUCCCCGGCGAAUGUCUAGGGAAGUGGAUACUCUCAUACAAGAUGAGAUUAAGCGGCUGGAAGAUGCCAAGUUUAUUCGGGAGGCCCAAUACACCGAAUGGCUCUCUAACAUCGUGCUAGUAAUGAAGAAAAACGGGAAGCUACGAGUAUGCGUAGAUUUUCGGAACCUCAACUUGGCCACACCCAAAGAUGAAUACCCGAUGCCUGUAGCCGAUAUGCUGAUCGACAGGGCAGCUGGACACACGAUACUCAGUUUCCUUGAUGCACAUUCCGGGUACAACCAAGUCCCAAUCAACAAGGAAGACAUCUCCAAAACGGCUUUUAGGUGCCCCGGGCCGAUCGGAGCGUAUGAAUGGGUAGUAAUGCCUUUCGGCUUAAAAAACGCAGGGGCAACAUAUCAGAGGGCGAUGAACAAGAUGUUCAGAGGUCUUGACUGCCUUGAGACCGAUAUCAUUAAGUAUAUCUUAUCGAAGCCAUACCUGAGGAAUCGGAUUGGAAAAUGGGCGAUUGCAAUGUCCGAAUUCACAUUGGUGUACGUUCCUCAAAGAGCAGUAAAAGGACAAGUGUUGGCAGACUUCUUGGCCGAUCACCCUGGUAUUACCCUCAAGGAAGAGACACCUGAUCGAGUAGACAUCUCGUUCUUCGACAUCGACGUGUGGAAGAUGUUGUUCGACGGAUCCAGAACAAGCCAGGGGGCAGCCGAGCUAGGGGCAAGGGCGAUCAGUGUAAAAGGAGAUUCUUUGCUAGUCAUUAAACAAGUGACAGGAGAAUUCAAAUGCGAGUCCGAGCUGUUGGUGAGAUAUUGCAACAAGGCGAAACACCUGAUCGAAGGCUUUCAAGAUACGAGAAUAGAAUACACGGAGAGGGCCGAUAACGGCGUUGCAAACGACCUAGCUCAGCACGGUAGUGGUUACAAGGUAAACCGAGAGUUCGACACCAUAGAGAGGGAAACACCGAAUCUCCACACCGGGGGCAUCACGAUCGAUGAAAGACAGUUCUCGGUUUACCAGCUGGACGUCACCCAAGAUUGGAGGGACGAGCUCCUGAAGUGGUUCGAAAAACCAGACGCCACGAAUAGGAGGUUGAGGACUUUAGCCCUUAAUUACGUGGUCUUAGCCGGUGAAUUAUAUAAAAAGGGCUUUGAAGGGCUACUUUUCAGAUGCAUCGGUCCAAAAGAGGCGAUGCUUGCUAUGGCCGAGGUACACGAAGGGAUAGCAGGCGCCCACCAGGCAGGCCCCAGAAUGAGGUGGCUUAUCCAUAAAUACGGCUUUUAUUGGCCGAAAAUGGAACAAGACUGCAUAAGAUAUGCCAAAGGUUGCGAAGCUUGUCAGAAAUUCGGCCCAAUACAACACGUCCCGGCCGAAGACCUGCACUCCAUCAUCAAGCCAUGGCCAUUCAGAGGAUGGGCGGUCGACCUGAUAGGAAAAGUAUACCCCGGCUCGUCUGAUGGCCAUACUUUUGUGAUUAUCGCCACUUGCUACUUCACCAAGUGGGUCGAAGCUAAACCUUUGAAGUCGCCGACACAAGAAGCGAUAAAAAUGUUGCACUCAACACCAUACUACGCCCAGGCCAACGGACAAGCCGAAGCCACGAACAAAGCCAUCAAGCUCAUAGUUCAAAAGAUGAUUGAAGAAAACCCAAGGCAAUGGCAUGUGUUCUUAUCAGAAGCUGUUUGGGCGAAUAGAACAAGUCAGAAGUCGGCCACUGGGACUUCGCCUUUCAGACUGGUCUAUGGUUACGAUGCGAUGUUGCCAAUGGAGCUGACCGUCAUGUCUACUCGCCGCAGAUACCAGAACGAAUUGUCCAAAGAAGAUUACUUUGACAAAAUGGUGAUAGAUGCCCUUGACCUCGACGAAGAACGUUUAACGGCGUUAGAUCACUUAGAAGCUCAGAAAAGAAGGGUCGAGAGAGCUUACAACAAACGGGUAAAACGGAAGGCUUUUACCGUGGGCGAUAUAGUAUGGAAAGCAGUCUUGCCUAUCGGCCAUAAAGACACUCGGCUUGGUAAAUGGAGCCCGAACUGGGAAGGCCCCUUUGUUGUGGUCAACAAGCUAACAGGCGGAGCAUACUUGUUGGCAGAUAUUGAUGGGGAAGAACACGACAGGGCGAUCAAUGGUCAGUUCCUAAAAAAGUACGUCCCGAGCUGUUGGGAGGGCGUAGACCGUUGGUUAUUUGGAGCCGACGAAGAGUAG